CACAAACCCAUGUAUUAAUGUAUGAUGUCUACUAUACGGUGUCCCUGUCCACAUGCACCUACCACCAUUAUUACUCCCUUCACUUCCUUAACUAAUUCAUUUCAAUCUCAUUCUCAUUCUCUAACUCCAAUGGAAGGCAUAACAGUGAGCGUCUACAAGAGCUUCAAGGAUUUCCAAAAGAGGAGACGCUACCGCAAGCUCCAUGGGUCGGGUCGCAGAUCAAAGUCUGAGCAACUCGGGUCACGGCGUCGGGCCCGAUUCUGGGGAUGGCGGGUCAAGGUUGCGCCCAAGAUCCGAAUCCGAAGAGUCCCUUCGCCAAAGAAGAUGUUGCUGUGGCUGAGGGAUGCUUAUGUCAGGAUGAUGCUCGGCUUCGCCAACUCCCGUGUCAUGACCAUGAAUGCCUCCGCGACGGGCUUCGGUGGGCCGUACUCUGUAGCUCUUGGUGCGCUUGGGCCGGCCCAUCCCAAAGAGUACGACGAGAAGGUGAUAGUUCAGAUCUACAAGUCACUAGUCGCUGCUGGAAACUCCGCCAGUGUAUGCAAUCUUGGCGUCUAGAAAAGUGACUGGUAUUUAAUUCGUGUAAAGUUGAUAGCUGAAUAUCGUUAGAUGAUAAUCAGUUUCGGAUGAAAUUAAUUGCACUCGAAUUUCUACCAAAAUUACUCAAAAAGAGUAAAUUAUUGUUUCAGAAUCAAAACGGGAGUCCUCAAUGUUCUGAUUCUGAUCAUGAAAUAGGUUUAGUAAUUUGUUAUUUAUCCAAUGUUGUGAUAAUUAAUUCCAUAAAAUUAACAAUUGAAUAUUACUCA